CUUGAUUUUAUAGUUAUUAACAGUCAUCGCUAAAACGAAAAACGAAAUGGAAUUGUUUGUGUCGAAGCUUUUACUUUUGAUUAUUUUGGUGAAAAUAUCCAGUAAUUUUUGUCAAAGUGAUCAAAUCGAUUUUUGCAAUAGAGAUCUAUGUCCUUAUCAAGGAGAGCAUGUGGCUUGUGGGAAAAAUCGAACAUUUUCAGAAAAUUGCGAGGGAGAAGUAAAAUUAGAAGACAUGAGAAACUAUAUAUCCCUAAUACUAAGCGAGCAUAACCGCUAUAGAAACCAGUUAGCUGGCGGCAAUGUCAGCAAUUUCGACUCAGCAGUCCGGAUGCCAGUUUUGCAUUGGGAUUGGGAUUUAGCUUUAACAGCUGAAUAUAACGCACGCACAUGUAUUUUCGAUCACGAUGAAUGCCGAAGCACGGAACGAUUUCAUUUAGCUGGUCAAAAUAUUUUCAAGUCUACAACAGAAUGUUUGAACUUGAAGACGGAGUAUUUUAUAAAAGAAGCGAUAAAUCGAUGGUUCGAGGAAUAUCAAAAUGUCGAUCGUAAUCUACUGCAAGCUUAUCAUCAAAGAAUACCACCAAUUGGUCAUUUUACUGUCCUGGUGAAUGAUCGCCAGACUCAUGUUGGUUGUAAUUUAGUAAACAAUCGCUUGUCCAAUGGUCAAGAGAUGCGCAUUACAAUUCUCAUUUGUAAUUAUUCAACAACUAAUAUAUACGGCUUCCCAACUUAUAAAGCGGGACCAACAGCGUCUGAAUGCAAAGAACGUAAUGAGGAAUUCGCCAAUCUGUGCAACGAUCCAGUAGAUGCGAAUGAUUUAAAAUGGCAUAAGAAAGAAUGAAGAAAUCU